AUGACACAAACUCCCGCCCCCGCUGUUGCCCCGGCCUCUCCCGAGCCCCCAAGCCCCCCAGCUCCCGCCACUCCUGCGGGGCAGGCCCAAUGCGGAACCCCCCCUGCCUCGACCUCCCAAAGGCAAACGCCACAGAAGCAACGCCGCUGGGCAGAUGUGGCUGCCGCCCCUCCGCGUUCUACUCGGAACAAGGAACAAACUACCCGCAGUCACUUGUCCUCCGCCGACGCUCGUGUGCAACCGUCGUCUUCGGACCGCUCUUCCAGCAAGCGUGUUUUCCUUCAGGUCGAUAAAGCUGACCCCUCAAACGCUUUCUGGAGUCAGGCCUCUCCUGCAGAGGUCAUCAAUGCUGCCCCCGCAUCUUCUCGUGCGGACGCUGCUUCGGUUUUCAUCAUCAGGAUAAGUGCCGCUACCCCGAUUGUCUCUCAAGGCCGCGUCCUUAAGCCUACCCGCGAGCAGAGAGCGGCCUCCCGGAAAGCUGGCCGUGCAGCGUACAAGGCAAAGGUAGCGGAAUGCAAGAGGAGCACCUCGACCCCCGCUGCGACCCUUGCUACUCCCUCGCAAAACUCACUCCCAGGAGAGGAAAAACGCUCUACUCAAGAUUUCUCCGUUAUACUUUCAGAAUCAAGCUCAGACAAAGCGAAUAGCAGCUCCAGCUCGCUGUCGCCUCCUGACUGGGUGCUGGUGAGCCGCUCUAAGGCUAAGAAAGCCUUUGCCGGAAGAAUCUCCAAGAGAGCAUUUACACGCUCUAACCUUGAGCGCGCCGUUUCUCACGGGCUUCUCGAGCUUGCGGUCAGACAUAAGCUCCCACUCGUCUGUGUCCAGGAACCUGAAGUCAUCAGGGGCAAGGUCCGGAGACACCCUGGUUUUACCACAAACCCCGGUGGCGAACUCCUUACAACUUGGAUCGCCGCCGCCGGACUUGUGAUUCUUAACCCUUCUGGCGAGACUCACAACAGGGGCAGCGUCCUCGAUCUAGCUCUUGGCCCACCUAGAGCCUUUGCGAGGUUCGCCCACUGGGUCUCGGAUCAUAGAGCGCUGCUGGUGUCAGUCCCGACAUCACCUCCUCAACGUCUCCCUCCUCCGCUCCUCUUACCUUUUGACCGCUAUGAGGCAGCGCGUGCUGAGUUUGACGCCUACUCCCUCCCCCUCCUCGCUCCCUCCCAGCGUCGCGCGCUGAGCUGGAUGACCUCGCGUGGCUGGUACACGACAACACGCUACUACCAAGAGAAAAUUGCACAGGCUACGACAGCUAAAGAUUGGGGCCGUAUCCUCCGCUGGCGAAAUGACCCGAUGGACGAAAGACCAUCGGUGAUUAACGUAGCAGGUGCUACCCUGAUGGAUACGGAGGAUAUCGCAGCCUACAUGGCGCGAGAAGCCUUCCGCCCUGCUACGGUUGCCAGCGCCCCGAUCCCGGAGCACGCUGGACCCAGGCUUUCACCACACAUUGCGGAUGCAUUAAUCCUGCCCGCAUUCCUACAAAGGCUGGUGCCCCAUCUCCCUUCUCCUGAGACAAUUGCUCGCCUAGCAGCAGACUUUUGCACUGCUCGAAGCUUUUCUUUUCGUUGGGCUCGCUCGACCUUCCGCACCGACUCCGGUCUUCCUCAAGGCUCUCCCUGGUCCCCUAUUCUUUUCGUUCUCUUCACACUCCCGCUUGCCCGCCCGAGCCAGGGUGCUGCCUUCGCCUACAUGGAUGACUACGCUCAGCACACGUGGAGCCGUGACCCUUUCCAAUUAGUAUAUCACCCCUCCCUCCGUGCUUCUGAGCUGUGCGAGAAGGCGAGGGGCCUCGGCCUUAGGAUCGACCCUAGAAAGACGAACGCUUUGUACAUUCCGCCGCGUGGCAGAGGGGCGACGAAGUCGAGAAUGGACUCAUCUAGGAUCCGCGUAUCUGGCGGGGGUCAGGAUGUUGUCCCAUCUCACUCCAUCAAGUGGCUAGGAGUCACCCUCGACUCUCGCCUCAGCCUCAAAGCACAGGUUUCCGCAAGAGCAUCAGCUACUACUUCAUUAGUGGGUGGCGAUCUCGGGCUGAACGUCUCCCCGCCGGCCAUCCGAUCUCUACCAGACUUGCUGCUAGGCCAUAGUAAGAAUGGUCUCGGUUACAUCAGCUCGCACAAGGCGUCAGCCCCAGAUCGGAACCUUGGGAGCCAAAACUACCUGGCAUACGAACUUGGCUUGGUCUCCAACCAGCUUCGCAAUCCAAACCUCCUCGAGCGCCCCAUUUGA